AUGAUGGGCUCGGCGUUUCGACCAGUCCAGAAGGACAUUGAGCUCGUCCAGCCCCCCACAGAGUCUGUUUCCAAGAUAUUGUUCUCCCCGGGGGGCCAGAGCAUUCUUGCCGUGGCAAGCUGGGACAAUAGCGUUCGUCUAUACAAUGUGAACAGCACGGGCCAGUCGGAACCCCGGGCUUGGUACCAGCACGAGGGGCCAGUGCUCGACCUGGCGUGGACAAAGGUGAGCGCGUCUUGUGUGCGCUGGCAGUUGACUGUUCAGAGCGGUUCCCACCUCUUCUCGGUCGGGUGCGACAACGUGAUACGCAUGUUUGACGUCAACUCUGGCCAGGCGCAACGGUACCCCGAGCAGGGACAAGCGCACGACGCCGCGAUCAAAUGUGUCGAGUGUGUCGAGAUCAACGGCCAGACGAUUCUUAUCACUGCAGGGUGGGACAAGAAGCUCAAGGAUCUGUGGGAGCGGGCGUACGCCAUGGAUGCCACCGACCAAAAGUGUGUGGUCGGCACUGCCGAUCGUCAAGUGCACAUUUUUGAUCUCAACAACCCGGGGGGAAAGCCGCGGGUCGUGGAGAGUCCACUCAAGUGGCAGACGCGCGUGAUUUCUUGCUUUCCGCCAUCCGUCGGUUGCCAGGGCUACGCCAUCGGGUCCAUCGAGGGCCGUGUCGGGUUCCAAGACCUCGACGUUGAGAAGAAGAGCUUUUCCUUCAAGUGCCACCGUUUGGACAUGAAGAAGGCAAUCCCGGCGCCGGGUGCCCAGUUUUCCCAAAACAUCUUUCCCGUCAACGCCAUCACGUUCCACAAGGGCCAAGGGACGUUUUGCACGGCUGGCGGCGACGGCUCGCUCGUGUUCUGGGACGGUAUCGCACGAACAAAGCUGCAUGCAUUCUCCGCAAAGGAGCUCGGCAACGGUGAUCCAGACGCGCAACCGCCAGUGUGGGGCACCCCCAUCGUGUCUGUCAGCUUUAACGCCAACCACGACAUUCUCGCAUACGCACUUUCGUACGACUGGUCCAAGGGCCACGGUGGCGUGCUACCUACCAAUACCACAAAGAUCAUGCUGCACCUCGUCAAGCCGGCAGAGGUCAACAGGAAGAACAACAGUGGCCAUGCUUUAAAGGCUGCCGUGUACAGGUCUGUGCAGCUUCUUCUCACGAUCCCCACAAUGCCCACCGAGUUUAUCAGCGUCACCUUUCCUAACGACUCGAACGAGCUCAACCCCAAGCCGGGCGCGCCGGUCGACCCAGAGUUUACGGUUCGCUACGCGCGUGUCCUGGACGACUAUGGCUUCAACUACACCCUGAUCCCGUACCACUCUGGCGGGUUUGAUCCCUUUACGCUGGGUGCCACCGUGCUCGCGGCGACCAAGAAGAUCAACAUUAUCAUUGCGCUUCGUCCAAACACACUCUACCCUACUGUGGCGGCCAAGCAGCUCGCGACGCUGAGCCAGCUCGGCCAGGGUCGCGUCGUCGUGCACUUUAUCGCCGGCGGGAGCGACGCCGAGCAGGCGCGUGAGGGCGACUUUCUCUCAAAGGACGAGCGGUACGGCCGCCUCGAGGACUAUAUCAAGAUUCUCAAGCGCGCGUGGCAGUCGUCCGAGCCCUUUGACUGGGACAGCAAGUACUUCAAGUUCAAGGACUUUCGGAAUGGCGUGCUCCCGCUCAAGAAGAUUCAAGUGUCUGUCGGCGGCUCAUCCGACGAGGCGUACCGUAUCGGCGGCGCUCUCGGCGACAUUUUCGGCCUCUGGGGCGAGCCGCUCAAGGAGACCAAGGAGCAGAUUGACCGCAUCUACGCCGCGGCAGACGCCGCUGGUCGCGCACCGACCGACCGCCCCCGCAUCUGGGUCACGUUCCGCCCCAUCAUUGCCGAGACGGACGACCUAGCUUGGGCAAAGGCUCACGCCACGCUCGACGCGCUCAAUGGCAACAGGGCCAACGGACUUGCGCGUGCUCCUCCAGGCAAGACGCCCGAGCCGCAGAAUGUCGGCUCGCAACGUCUCCUCGAGAUUGCCAAGCGCGGCGACGUCCAGGACCGCGCGCUGUGGUACCCGACCGUCACGGCCACCAACGCGCAGGGCGCGUCCACCGCGCUUGUCGGCUCGUACCAGACUGUCAUUGACUCGCUCGUCGACUAUGUUGAUCUCGGUGCCGAACUGAUUUCCAUCCGCGGGUACGACAACUUUAACGACGCGGUCGACUAUGGGCGGUACAUUCUGCCGGGCGUUCGCAAGGUGCUUGCAGAGAGGGAGAAGAAGGUUGCCCAGUAA